AUGAAGAUUAUGUUAUGGAUACUACAUUUGUUUAAAAUAAACAUUAUACAAAUUAUUGUGAAUAAUGCCCGAAAUCCCUCAAUAAGUCUACAGUACAUUGAUAGUUCCAUAUUCAAUAAAGCAAGUCGAUGUGCGCCUGCUGAACCGGUAAAUGGGAGUGGCGUGUAUGCAGAGAAUUACUACUGGAAUAACAAUGUGACUGAUAUUCCCGAUGAGUUUAUAUAG